GCGGGGCCAGGCCAUGCGGGAGCUGCGCUCGUCCUCCUUCUGGAGGGCCGUCCUGGCCGAGUUCCUGGGCAGCCUCCUCUAUACCCUGCUGGGGCUGGGGGCGUCCCUGCGCUGGGCCCCGGGCCCCCCCAGCGUCCUGGGGGCUGCCCUAGCCUUUGGGCUGGCUCAAGCCACCCUAGUGCAGGUGUUGGGUCAUGUCAGCGGGGGCCACGUCAACCCGGCCAUCACCUUGGCUUUCCUGAUGGCCUCACAGCUCUCGGUGGCCCGGGCCAUGGGCUACCUGCUGGCACAAGUGCUGGGUGCGCUGGCCGGGGCCGGGGUGCUCUAUGGGGUGACACCGGCCCCGAUCCGCGGCACCCUCGGUCUCAGCGCGCUACACCCCGGCGUGGGGCCGGGCCAGGGCACGGUGGUGGAGCUGCUCCUGACCGCGCAGUUCGUGCUCUGCGUCUUCGCCAGCUUCGACGACCGCCACGACGGGCGCCCGGGCUCGGCCUCGCUGCCCAUCGGCUUCUCCCUCGCCCUCGGCCACCUCUUCGGGAUCCACUACACGGGCGCCAGCAUGAACCCGGCGCGCUCCUUCGCGCCCGCCGUCAUCACCCGCAACUUCACCAACCACUGGGUGUUCUGGGCGGGUCCGGUGCUGGGCGCGGCGCUGGGCUCGGUGCUGUACGAGUUCGCGCUGUGCCCGCGGCCGCGCAGCCUGGCCGAGCGCUUGGCCGCCCUCAAGGGAGCGCCGCCCGCCACCGAGCCGCCGCCCGCGCCGCCGGCGGAGCCGCUGGAGCUGAAGACUCAGGGCUUCCCCCGCGCCGGCUCGCGGGGCCGCGGGAACGGGCCGGGAGCGGCGGGAGCUCCGGUACCGGCUGCAGCGGCCGGGGUUGGGGGGGGUAACAGGGGGCGCUGGUGCCCGCCCCGCACAAGGCCCCCGGUUGCCGGCGCCGCGCCGCGCUGCAUGGACUGGUACAUGAUGAACUGCGAGCUCCUCGCUACCUGCAGCGCUCUGGGCUACCUGGAAGGGGACGUGUACCACCGGGAGCCAGACUGCCUCGAGAGCGUCAAGGACCUCAUCCGGUACCUGCGCCAUGAGGAUGAGACCCGGGAUGUGCGACAGCAACUUGGGGCAGCCCAGAUCCUACAGAACGAUCUCCUGCCCAUCCUGGUGCAGUACCCGCAGGACAAGGUCCUGUUCGACGCCGUGGUCAGGCUGAUGGUGAACCUGACGCAGCCGGCGCUGCUCUGCUUCGGCAAAGUCCCACCGGAUGCAACCUCCCGGCACCACUUCCUCCAGGUCUUGUCCUAUCUCCAGGCCUAUAAAGAGGCGUUUGCCAGUGAGAAAGUCUUUGGGGUGCUCAGUGAGAAGCUCUAUGACCUGCUGCAGCUUGACUGGGAGCAGCGGCAGGAGGAGGACACGCUGCUCAUCGAGAGGAUCCUGCUGCUGGUGCGCAAUGUGCUGCAUGUUCCCCCGGACCCCACCGAGGAGCAGGGUGUGGAUGGUGACGCCACCGUGCAUGACCGGGUGCUGUGGGUGCUGCACAUCAGCGGCAUGGACGAUCUGCUCAAGUUCCUGGCCAGCGCCCAGAUGGAGCAGCAAUGGGCGCUGCAUGUCCUGGAGAUCAUCUCCCUCAUGUUCCGUGACCAGAGCCCGGAGGACCUGGCGGCACUGGGGCAGGGGCAGGCGGGCGCUGAGCACGGGGAGGACACACGGGAGCUGCAGAGCCUGCGGCAGCGGGAGCUGGCGGAGAAGAGGACCCGAGCGCUGCAGCGCCCGUAUAGGCACUCCCGGUUUGGCGGCUCCUACGUCCUGCAGGGCCUGAAGGCGAUUGGGGACCGGGAUGUGGUGUUCCACAAAGGGCUGCACAAUCUGAAGAGCUACAGCCACGACCUGGGCAAGGAGCCGCGGCGGGUGCCCCGGCGGCGCCAGGCGGCCCCCGAGGCCGAGCUUCCCCAUCGCUCCGCACGCAACGUCCGGCUCUUCCUGCGCUGCUUCUGCCAGGACUUCCUGGAGGGCUGCUACAACCGCCUGAUGCUGCUGGUCAAGGACCAGUUAGUGCGGGAGAAGGCUCAGCAGCACGAUGAGACCUAUUACCUGUGGGCUUGUGCCUUCUUCAUGGCCUUCAACCGGCACCGGGGCUUCCGCCCGGAGCUGGUGUCGGAGACAGUGGGUGUCCGCGCCUUCCACUUCAUCGAGCAGAACCUCACCACCUACUAUGAGAUGGCAUUGAUGGACAAGAAGGAGGCCGUGACCUGGGCACGCAGGAUGCACUUGGCUCUCAAGGCGUACCAGGAGCUGCUGCGCACGGUGCAGGAGAUGGACCGGUCCCCAGAGCAGGCGGUGCGGGACAGCAGCCAGGUCAUCAAGAGCAACAUCUUCUACCUGAUGGAAUACCGGGAGCUCUUCCUCACGCUCUUCCGCAAGUUCGACGAGACCAAGCAGCCGCGCAGCUUCCUGCGGGACCUGGUGGAGACGGCGCAUCUCUUCCUCCGCAUGCUGGAGCACUUCUGCCGCGGCCGCUCCGGCCUCGUGGUGCAGAGCAAGCGUGUGCGGAGGAAGAAGCAGCCCCGUGCGCCUGCAGCCACGGCCCCGCAGCCGCCCAGCACCGAGGAGCUGCAGGAGCUAUGGGAAGGGCUGGCCCCACAGCUCCAGGCUUGCCUGCAGGGCGAGGUGUCCCUCCCCGAGGACGUGGUGCCCUUCGACGCCGCCUCGGAGACGCCGGUGGAGGAGCAACGCGCCGAGGCUCUGCUGCGCAUCCAGGGCUGCCUGCGGGAUGCUCGGGUCCCCCAGGCCCUGCGGCUGCUCCGCUCUGCCCGGGAUGUGUGGCCCGAAGGGGACGUGUUCGGAUCCGCCGAUGCGGGGCCGCCCGAGGAGACCCGGCUGCUGCGGGACAUCCUCUUCGCUCCGCUGCCACAGCAUGCACCCCCCGAGGCUGAGGAGCCGGAGGAAGAUGAGGAGGAGGAGGAGGAAGAGGAGGAAGAGACCGUGCAGGUGUCGGAGAAGGAGUUCAACUUCCUUGACUACCUGAAACGGUUUGCCUGUGCCCCUGUGGUGCGGGCGCUGGUGCUGCUGCUGCGGGGGUACCCCCGCAACACCCCCCGCACCAACCACUGCGCCGCCCGCCUGCUGCACCGCCUGGCCCGCGACCUGCACAUGGAGCCGCUGCUCUUCCAGCUCUCCCUCUUCGCCCUCUUCAACCGGCUGCUUCACGACCCCGCCGCCGGCGCGCACCAGGAGCUGGUGGCGUUGGCCAAGUUCAUCCUGGGCAAGUUCUUUGCGCUGGCGGCCACCAACAAGAAGGCGUUUGUGGAGCUGCUCUUCUGGAAGAGCCCAGCGGCCGCCCGGGAGAUGAGCGAGGGCUACGGCUCCCUGCGGGAGGGAGAGGGGGCUGGCAGGAGCCGGGCACCCCCCUGGACCCCGCAGGAGGAGCAGGAGCUGCGGGAGCUCUAUUGGAAGUACAAGGAGGUGGAAGGCUCGGACGUGGCUGGAGCCCUCCUGGCCCAGCUCCCGGCGCCCGGGCGCACGCGGAGGCACGUUGUGAAGCACUUGGUGCGGUUGGGGCUGGUCGGCAGCGCCCGCGACCUCCCGCGGCAGAGGAAGGGCACCCGCAUCGUGCUGUGGACGCAGGAGCAGGAGGAGGAGCUGACGCGGCUCUUCGAGGAGUUCCGGGGCUCGGAUGACGUGCUGGGCCACAUCCUGCAGCACCUGACUGCGCGGCGCUCGCGGGCGCGGGUGGUGGACAAGCUGCUGGCGCUGGGGCUGGUGGCGACGCGUGCGGAGCUCUACAAGAGGCGCCGGAGGAAGGGCCAUGGCCCUGCACCGGUACCGGGAGCGCCAGCGGUGCCGGCACAGGACAGCUCCGAGGAUGGGGACAGUGAGGAGGAGGAGGAGGAUGAAGAGGAGGAUGAUGAAGACCCCAUGGAGGGGUCUGAGGAAGGGGCCGGGCAGGGCCUGGCGCAGCGGCUGCAUCAGGAAGGCCUGGCCGGGCCCCUGCGCUGGCUCCAGAGCUGCCUGCGGAGGACGGCUGGGGACCGCGAGGAGGACGGCACGUCCCACGCGGUGCCGCUGGUGCCGCUCUCGGAGGAGAAUGAGGACGCGAUGGAGGACCGGCGGUUCCAGGCGCUGCUGCGGCGGCUGGGGCUGCGGCCCCCCGACAGCGAGCAGGAAACCUUCUGGCGCAUCCCGGCUGCGCUCACCCCGCGGCAGCUCCGCCGUGCAGCCGCCUCCAUCGCCCACCAUGGCCCUGACCCCUCGGGGUCCCCCCAGGGGCUGCCGGAGCCACCCCGGUGCCCGCAGGACCCUGAUCCAGCAGCAUCACCGCAGCCGCCGGAUUCAGAGAGCCCCAGCCCGGUGCAGCCACACAGCAAGAGGCAGCGGGACCUUGACAGCGAGGACGAGGCCUCCGGGAGCUCCGGCCCAGCGCUGCCGCCUGAGGACAAGGAGCUGCAGCCCCUGGGGAGGAGGAAGCGCAUCCGCCGCGUGGAAGAGGAGGAGGAGGAAGGUUGAAGCUCCCCUUGGGCUGUUUCCUAUAGGUGUUAAAGCUGGUUUUAAGGGUGCUGCAGAAGCACCUUUUCCCCCAUGUCCUGGUGUCUCCGUUUCUUUGUUUUAUCCCAAAAUCUUCCCUUUUCCCAUGGAUUUCUUUACUUUUGGGCUGUUUUCUCCCCCACAACGCAUUUAUCUCUGGACCCACCUAAUAAAUCGAUGCAGCUCUUG